CGCCCUGGCUCGGCUCGAUUCGGCCCCGCUCGGCUCAGCUCGGCCCCGUUCGGCCCAACUCGGCUGCGUUCGGCACCACUCGGCUCCGCUCGGCCCCACUCGGCCUCGCUCGGCUCAGCUCGGCCCCCCCCCCGGCUCCGCUCGACUCCCCUCGGCCCCGGCAUGGCGGGGGCGGGCCGGCCGGCGGGCGGGCCGUGCUGCCCGUCGCGGGUGGCGGUGCCCAGCGUCCACCAGAACCUGCAGGAGAUGGACUUCGAGCGGGGGAUCUGGUCGGCGGCGCUGGACGGGGACGAGCCGCGGGUGCUGCAGCUGCUGGAGCGGCGCGGGGAGCCCAGCGAGCCCGACCUGGCCGGGUACACGGCACUGCACUACGCCAGCCGCAACGGGCACCUGGGCGUCUGCCGGCUGCUGCUGCAGCGCGGGGCCCGCUGCAACGCCCGCACGCCCGGCGGCGCCACGGCCCUGCACCGCGCCAGCUACUGCGGCCACCUCGCCGUGGCCCGGCUGCUGCUGGCCCACGGCGCCGACCCCGCCAUCGCCGACGACGACGGCCGCACCAGCCUGCACAAGGCGGCCGAGCGCGGCCACCGCGACCUCUGCGCCCUGCUGCUGCAGCACAGCCCGGCGCUGGCGGGCGCCCGCGACGCCAAGGGCCGGCGGCCCUGCGACGUGGCCGAGCCCGGGCUCCGCGACCUGCUGGACGCGUGACGGAGGUGCCGCCGCGGCUGGAAAAGCCGGAGCCGCGGUGCUGCAGGACGCUGGGUCACGCAGGAGCCCGGCUCUGCCGGAAAACAAGGCCCCGGCGCCUCGAA